UAAAGACAAACAUGUAACGCAUGCAGGAAGAAAUCUAGUACAACAAUGCCAUUCUGAACGACAGAACUUUGUUUUUAUAAAAGUUAUGAAAUGUGCAACCGAGAGUUUAGGACCAAUGUUCCGGAAAUUUGGAUAUGAUAGAAACUUAACCUAUGUGCUUCCAGUGGAACACAUGAUUUGGAUCGGUUGGCCGUUUCCACUGAAUGAGUAUGACUACAGACCUUCACGGAAGCCAUACAAUAUAUUAAUAGAACAUUCUAUAUACAAUAAAACCACAUUCCGAAAUUUAAUGCCAAAUAACUCCAUUUACAUUUCUAGCCUCCGGGAACCAUUCGUUCGAUUCAAAUCUGCGUUUAACUGUUUUAAUCUGGUGAAUCUGUGCCACAUGACUAAUAAGACUGACCCCAUACCAGAAUAUCUAAAUCUGGUUAAAAACGUACCAAAUUAUAACUGCACAGGCAUCUUUACUGACUGGAGACCACAUUGCCCGAAAGUUAGUUUCUCGCAGACGCAUAAUGAGAUGUCACAUACUCUUGGGAUGCCAUUGGGUUUUCCUCCUGGUCGACCAAAUAUUGAGAAUGAUCUUCCAGCUGUACUGGAUUAUAUUCAAAAGCUAGACAACGAUUUUCAUUUAAUUAUGAUAGUUGAGUAUUUCCACGAAUCUUUAAUUCUAUUAAAAAGACUAAUGUGCUGGACGUUCAAAGAUAUAUUUUAUAUCAAACGCCACGUGGCAAACUAUCCAUACAAAAAAAUAAAACCCCAAAAAGCAGAUGUGGAAUUUUACCAAAAAUGGAAUCGCAUCGAGUAUCUCCUGUACGAUCAUUUUAAUAAAACAUUGUGGAAUAAAAUUUCUAAAGAAUCUGACGAUUUUUUUGAUGAGGUGGUGGCAUUUAUCAAAUUUCAAGAAGAAGGAGAGAAAUAUUGUUUGUGGAAGGAAUACAAAAAGAAAGGAGAUGAUAUCCAUUAUUUCGAGGAAACAAUAUGGAGUCCCAGUUUUAAUAUAACAGCCGUCGAUUGCCAUCUCUUGUUAACAGACAUGUUAAAACAUCUUAAAGACGUUUACGACAUUCACGAGAGACCUCAUCAUCAUCAACAGCCUGAUCUCAAAACCUGUCAUCUAGAGUUUUAG